GGCCCCCACCCCUCUCUGGGUUAAGCGUAGCAAGUCCUCUGCCUUCAGGACACCAAUGCGGGCCUGGGUCCACUCAGCUCCUGUCCUGCUGUCCACUGCUGUGCAGAGAAUGUGGAUCACCCACUCCUCACUUACCGGCAUACAUCUUUGCAGAGUUUGAUGGGGCGCCGGGCGGAUGACAGCGGGAACAGUUGUGAUCACUGGCGGAAUCCUAGCUACAGUGAUCCUCCUCUGUAUCAUUGCUGUCCUGUGCUACUGUAGGCUCCAGUAUUACUGCUGCAAGAAGGGCACGGAUGAUGAGGAAGCUGAGGAGGAAGAGGAAGCGGAGGAACAUGACCUUUCCCUCCAUCCCCGAGCCCCCACCUGCAAUGCCUGCAGCUCCCAAGUCCUGGACGGCAGAGGCAGCCUGGCACCUCUCACCAGCGAGUCCUGCAGCCAGCCGUGUGGGGUGGCCAGCCACUGUACCACUUGCUCCCCUUACCGCACCCCCUUUUACAUACGGACAGCUGACAUGGUGCCCAACGGGGGUGGAGGCGAGAGGCUCUCCUUUGCCCCUACACACUACAAAGAGGGGGGAACCCCAUCCCUCAAAUUGGCAGCACCUCAGAGUUACCCGGUGACCUGGCCAAGUUCUGGGCAUGAGGCCUUCACUAAUCCAAGGGCUAUUAGUACAGAUGUAUAAUCCUUUUCACCCUGAUCUGCACAUACCCAACACGGCUGUCCCAGCAGGAGCCAUGGAGUGGGGGAGGGGCCCUUCCAAUAGCUCCCCUCCCCCAGGAGCCAUUUCAGUUUCUCCGGCUUCCCUAGCAGAGAUUCUAUAGGAUGUGAACUAUUAAAUGCUUGAGGACCAGGGCUGGACCUGUCUCCAGCCCUGUGGCCCAGAGGUGGGGACCUGAUAAGUCUGCAAUGUCACCCAAUUCUCUCUGGGGAUAUUCUCUCUGACAGUCAAGCUCUAUAUGACCCCUUCCAACAAGCCCAAACCCUUUGCUUUGAUGGGCUGUGUAAAGAUACACCAGGGAAAAUUAAGCAAGGGUUAGGGAGGCUUCCAGAGACCUUGGGAGAUGAGGUGGGCAGACCUAGAAGAAAUGGACACAUAGGGAACCGUGAGGACUAGACAUCCCAGAAUUUGAGAGGAGAGAGGAAAAGGCGUUAAGGGAGCCCCUCGGGGUUUGCUUGCUGGAAUGCACCCGUGGGCUAGUUUAUACUCUAUCUUUUACUUGGGUUGCCUGUUCCCACAGGAACAUUGAGUUCUGGAGACACCACGUCUGCUACCUAGUCCCUCCUCGUGAAACGCAUCAAACUGAUGCUAAGUGCCACAGCACAUGACUGUUUAUGGGGACUAUAGCAAAAAGAGUCUAUAUAACCUGUCUCCCCUUCAAGUCCUUUGUUACGCUCCCUACUAGAGAAACUUUCCCAGAUUUUACUCAUUAUAGUUCUAGAAGCCCAGUGAACAGAUAAAUCUCACUGGUUGUUCCCAUCCCUCCAUGCUUAGCCACAUAUGUCAACUCCAUCCCCUGAGGGUGUGGGGACGCCCAUUCCUGGGGUGGGGCUGAGUUCCCUGUCCUAUUCAUCACCACCAAUUGCCAUAUGGCUUUGCCUCCUUCAGGAGCUGCAGAGCAGAAAGGUCCAGGGUAACCAACACAUAAGACAAAUCUGACCCUCUAGCAACUGGACCCAAUGGCAUUUAAAGGGGCCAGUCUCCAUGGCAACCAGGAGGAGGGACCUGAGGCAAUGCUGAAACAGUUAAGUUCCCACACCUGCAUAAGCUCCCCCAGAGGCUAUUGCAUCCAUCUGUGAUGUGACAUAAUGAACGGGACCAUUUUAUCCCAUCAGGAGAUGUGGCCUUCUCACCUGAGAUCUGGGGGUCUCCUGAAGGUUGGCUGUGUCUUAGUAAUUAGAUUUUAAGCUUGCUUGCCCUCCUUUGGCCCCUUACUUCCCAGACUCAUGGCGAUGAGCCAUUUUGCUGUCUUACUCUAGUCUCAAGUCCCAACACCUCCCACUUAUAUCUAGCAGUGGCCUUAUGGGUUUUUGUUGUUGUUUGUUUCGUUUUGCUUAGUUUAGUUGUUUUGUUUUAGUAUGUCUAUAAGUUCUCCAGUUACUCUGUGGUUCAAGGGUCACUGUUCUAAGGGUGUAAUUAAUGCCUGCACAUUCCAGAGUCACACAAUGAUAUGGAGGGUGGGCUGGGAGAUGGGCUGGUUGUUCUGAAAUCUGGUUGGCUGGUCGGUUGGUUGAUCUGACAAAGAGCAGGGUGCACCUCACAUCUCCAACUGUAAAUAAUGAACUCGGGGUUAAGGACCCACUCUCCACUCACUUUCUGUCCAUUCCUUCGCCCUGGGACAGUCAGGUGUCUGCACUGAGACAUCCGUUUUUUUCUCCAGAAAAGCAAAGCUUGCCUUGAUGGACUCUAAAUGUCCCUUAACAUUCCGAGAAUCCAAGACUUCUUAGACCUGCUCGCCAGCCUUUUCUCUUGCCUUCAUCCUGGCAGGGCUGGUUGGACUCUCCAGCUGCCUGAUUCUGGGUACAGGGACAUUUGUCGUGGGCUAGAAACCACAAAAGGCAUGCUGGGAGGAAGCCCAAGCAGUGAGAAGACAAAAUCAAAUCGAUUGCUGGUGAAGGGCAAGCAAGUCAGGGCUAGGCUGUAGGUCAGUUGAUAGAGCUCUCGCCAGGUCUGCACAAAGCCCAGGGCUCAGUCUCCAAGCUGCAUUAAACCCAGCAUGGCAGGCACACCUCUUAAUACUCGGAUGUCGAGCGAGGAAGGUAGGAACUGCUCAAGGUCAUCCUUGGCUACAUAGUUAGUUCAAGGUCAGCCUGGGCUACCUGAGACCCUGGUCUCAACAAGAACAACAAAACAUUUGUUCAACCCCCUACUGAGCAACCUCAAAAGGCCUGCACUGUCUCCGGAAGCCACAGCAGGAGGACUAAUGGUCUCCAUCUCCCUGUGCAGAGGGGAUGGCUCUGCAGCCCCAGGGCACCCAGUCCCACCAUCUGCCCGUCCUGGGCCACGUGCAACCCCUUGACUUGCUCCUGGGUCUGGCAGCUCUCCCCACCUCCUCACCACCAGCCCAGUGCCUUGCUCUCCUGUGGUCCCGCAGCUUCACCCUAGAAAACAAGGUCCUCAUACCAAUGCCUUUGGGUAAACCAAGAGAACCCAGCCAAAUGUAAGCCACUUUUAUACUAGGGGCUCUGGGUAUAAAGCACUCUUUGCCUUUGUGUCUCCUAUAGGUUUCUCAGCUUAAGCCACGAGUCAAAAUCUGGAUCCCAAGUGUCAAAGGGGAGGGGGAACACACACUUCCCUUCAGCCCACGUUGUUCAAGGUGCAGGCUCCACCCUAGGCUACAGGUCACCUGCCCCCUCACUCUUCACUGUAGCAUCAUGAGCUCCAUCCUGGGGGAAGAGAAGGUUCACCCAACUCGCUAUUGUCCCGUUAGCUGUCGAGUCUGUGCCAUGAGACACAAUUUGUGCACUCGUCAAACUGAACCCUACACAGGAAGAGAAGGAAUCGGGGACCCGGGGAUUAGCCAAUCCUCUCCAGCACCUUUGUCCACAUCACUCCACUUCUCCUGCUGCAGAUUUCUUGUCUUGUACCUUUGAUAACUUGGAACACAACCAAGUGACUGUCAAAAUAAAGGAGGAAUUUUACGUAGAAA